CCUCGCCCUCCGCCACGAUGAGCAAAUGAGCGCGAGCGAGGGCAUGAAAUUUAAAUUCCACUCAGGGGAGAAAGUGCUGUGCUUCGAGCCUGACCCCACCAAGGCGCGAGUGCUGUAUGAUGCCAAGAUUGUCGAUGUUAUUGUUGGCAAAGACGAAAAAGGCAGAAAGAUCCCAGAAUAUUUGAUCCAUUUUAAUGGUUGGAACAGAAGUUGGGAUAGAUGGGCAGCUGAAGAUCACGUCCUUUGUGAUACUGAUGAAAAUCGUCGAUUGCAGCGUAAAUUGGCAAGAAAAGCAGUAGCUCGUCUAAGAGGCACAGGAAGGAAAAAGAAGCGCUGUCGGUUGCCCGGUGUCGAUUCUGUCUUAAAAAGUCUCCCUGUUGAAGAAAAACAUGAAAAUGAUGAAAACUCAAUAAACAGUUCCUCUGAUGACAGUGGUGAAGAGAAGGAUGAAGAAAUAAGUGAAGAGAGUGACAUUGAAGGAAAGACUAACGUGAAAGGGGAAUUGAAACUGCAAACAAAAAAGGAAAUGGAUGAAAGAACAAUAACUAUAGAUAUACCUGAAGUGCUGAAGAAGCAGCUUGAGGAUGAUUGUUACUAUAUCAACCGGAGGAAACGGUUAGUAAAACUUCCGUGCCAGACCAACAUCAUAACCAUUUUGGAAUCCUAUGUGAAGCAUUUUGCUAUCAAUGCAGCCUUUUCAGCCAAUGAGAGACCUCGUCACCAUCACGCUAUGGUUCAUGCUCAUAUGAAUGUGCAUUAUAUCCCGGCAGAAAAGAAUGUUGACCUUUGUAAGGAGAUGGUGGAUGGAUUAAGAAUAACUUUUGAUUAUACUCUCCCAUUGGUUUUGCUCUACCCAUAUGAACAAGCUCAGUAUAAAAAGGUGACUUCGUCUAAAUUUUUUCUUCCUAUUAAGGAAAGUGCCACAAACACUACUAGGAGCCAGGAAGAGCUCUCUCCUAGCCCACCGUUGUUGAAUCCAUCCACACCGCAGUCCACAGAGAGCCAGCCAACCACUGGUGAACCAGCUACUCCCAAGCGACGCAAAGCUGAGCCGGAAGCACUGCAGUCUCUGAGGCGAUCUACGCGCCACAGCACCAACUGUGACCGGCUGUCUGAGAGCAGCGCGUCUCCUCAACCCAAACGCCGGCAGCAGGACACAUCCACCAGCAUGCCCAAGUUGUUCCUGCACCUGGAAAAGAAGACUCCUGUGCAUAGCAGAUCAUCAUCGCCCAUUCCUCUUACUCCAAGUAAGGAAGGGACUGCUGUGUUUGCCGGCUUUGAAGGGAGAAGAACUAAUGAAAUAAAUGAGGUCCUCUCCUGGAAGCUCGUGCCUGACAAUUACCCACCAGGUGACCAGCCGCCUCCACCCUCUUACAUUUAUGGGGCACAACAUUUGCUACGAUUGUUCGUAAAACUUCCAGAAAUCCUUGGAAAGAUGUCCUUUUCUGAGAAGAAUCUCAAGGCUUUACUGAAGCACUUUGAUCUCUUUCUGAGGUUUUUAGCAGAAUACCAUGACGACUUCUUCCCCGAGUCGGCUUAUGUAGCCGCCUGUGAAGCACACCACAGCACCAAGAACCCCAGAGCAAUUUAUUAAAGUUUGCCUAGUUCUCUAAGAACAACUACUCUGUUUGACUUGUGUUCUGGGUUCCAGGUGAGGAACUAAUGGGAUGCUGAGCCUUCUUUCCAGAGACUGCAAACCCAGGUCCCCCUGGACUUAGGGGGAUUGGGGCAGAGGCAGGCUUGGUUAUUUGAGUUUGCUACAUACUGUAGUUCUUUCUGUUGCGACUUUCUUUCUGGGCGCCUGACCGCUCUGCUGUAUCCCUUGCUGCUGCGCGAAAGGACAGCUGUGUUCUGGUGAAAAGUUCCUGGAAGUGUACAGAGGUUAGCUCAUCUUCAUCGAUGUAUCUGUUGUUAGCUGAACCACACUGUCACAUUGUUACCGUUAAAAUGUUUUUCCGAACUGCUUUCAUUUCUGUGAUGAGGCUCAGCAACUGUCCACCUUAUUUAAGCUUGUUCUUGGAAACCACGAAUUAAUCUCCAAGUACAUUAGAGGGAAUUCCUAUUAAUAGCAAAAGAAAAUGUGUCGCUCUACCUUUGGCUUGCAACAGUUACCUCCCUGUGAGACCUUGUUUUUGGUGAUCUAAAUAAAGCAUUGCCUGUCUGGUUUGACAUUUGACAGUUAUACUUUGUUGUGUAAUGUUACAGUUCCUUUUCUAUAAAAUGUUAUUUUUGGUGAUCUAAAUAAAACAGUGCCUGUCUUGUUUGAAAGAA